AUUUCCGGCGAGAACCCAGGAUUUCAGUCUCUACUCUCUAGAGACGAGGGGGAGUGUCGAACGAAGCCAAAUGCUGCGUCAAGCUCAAAAUCUCUUCAGAAAAACCUCAUUCUCAACAGCCACCCGCCGGCCCUCUUCACUCUUUUCCCCAAAUUUCCCUUUGCUUUUGCAAGACACUUUCUCAAAAAACCAUCAACAAAAAUGCUUUCUGCAUUAUGUUUCAGGUUCGGCAUCCAGUCCCAGCUUGUCGAUUUGGAGAAGAAAGAAGGAGAUGGGCAAGGAGGGUCUGAUCAUCGCCAAAGAGCUUAAGAGGCUCCGGUUCAACCAGGUGCGCCUGGACCGGUUCAUCCGGUCUCAUGUGUCCCGCUUGCUCAAAUCCGAUCUCCUCGCCGUGCUCGCUGAGUUCCAGAGACAAGAUCAGGUCUUACUCUGCAUGAAGUUAUACGAUGUGGUUCGUAAAGAAAUUUGGUACCGGCCAGACAUGUACUUUUACAGGGACAUGCUUAUGAUGCUUGCACGAAACAAAAAGGUUGAUGAAGCAAAGCGGGUUUGGGAAGACCUGAAGAAAGAGGAAGUUCUCUUUGAUCAGCAUACAUUUGGGGACCUUAUCAGAGCCUUUUUAGAUAGUGAGUUGCCCUCGGAGGCAAUGGACAUAUAUGAUGAAAUGAGAUUAUCCCCUGAUCCUCCAAUCUCUUUGCCUUUUCGAGUGAUAUUGAAAGGGCUCAUUCCAUACCCAGAAUUGAGAGAGAGGAUAAAAGAUGACUUUUUGGAACUGUUUCCUGAUAUGGUUGUUUAUGACCCACCUGAAGACUUGUUUGAACAUGAAGAUUGGAGAAAGAAGAUUGGGGAUGAUUAAAUGGUGCUACUGCUGACACGGUAUUUGCUCCACAGGAGACUACUCGUAUUUGCUCCACGGGAGAUUGCUCUUUCCUGGGAAAAGCUAGCCAUGGGCAAGGCUAGAAGCAAUUAGAUGCUGGUGAUAAGUUGAAGCAGUUGCUUGUGAGUUCCCCAUGGUUUAUCUCAUGGCAUGCAGUGAAUAUGAGAAUUGACUACCCCUUGAUUUCACUCAACAUGGGAAAUGGUUCACGGGAUGCAAUUUUGAGGGCUUCAUUGAAAGCAUGAUAAUAUUUUACCGUGAUGCAUUUAUAGUAUUUUUUGGAUUUCCUAGGGAAAUAGGCUGGGAUGAUAUUUUGGGUUAGAGGUUAUAACAUAACAUCAUAAUAACACAAACUUAGGUACUGUUUGGGUAGUGAGUUGAGUUAAGAUAAAAGUUGAAUAAAAUGUUAUUAAAAUAUUAUUUUUUAAUAUUAUUAUUGUUUUGAGAUUUAAAAAAAUUGUAAUGAUGAAAUGGGAUGAGAUGAAACACUUGUACUAUCCAAAUGGGGCCCAUACUUUCUUGAAUCCCUUGACUAAUGAGAGCUAGUUGCUAGUUUGUUUUUCAA